AGGUGAACAUUUAGAAGAAGAAGUAGAAGACUAGGUUUUACAUGGAUAAGAGAGAAAGGGAAACGCGAAACAAUUUUAGACAAUAACAAAGUAGUUUAUUACGCCAGCGGCCCGUGGAAAAUCCCAUCGGACGCCCUUAAGGUGCCCAAAGUGGCGUGAAUCGAGUGCUAAAGUCCAGCGUGAUUUUGCGUGUGUUUCGGAAGGGCUUCAAAAAAUGACAUCUCCGCAUUCACCUCAGCACGCAUCCGGUCGCGAGGCUCCAUCGAAGGGGCCCCGAGACUCGGAGGCAGACUCAGAUACCGUAGAGAUGCCCGCAGUGGCGGGUAUUACGGUACAGCAGAAACAGCAGCAAUUUCAAAUGGAAACAGCAGAACGACCCCCAAAUUUCCGGCAUUCGCGAGCCUUCAGGAACUUCAAGAAUCCCCCACAACCACGGAUGUGCAUUAGGGAUACAACUAUUGAUGGAGAGGAACUCUUCAUUAACGUAAUGAGCUGGUCAAGGAUCGUUAUGCCCUCGAAUCCAAACGAUCCCAUUCCACUCUACGGCGGAAUGAGGGUCUACUCAGGGAAUCCGCGGUCUCCCCCUCUCGUUUUUGCCGUAAUGGCCAAUCCGGACGUGCUAAAAGAAACCGGUCGCAACAUCAGUGCUGACGACCAGGAGCGUCAGGCUCUGGUUGAGCUGAUGUGCGAAUUUGUGGAAGCAAUGAACCCAGGGCUGAAACUCAUGAGAAAACCGGUGGUGCUGAAAGAUCGCGAUUUAUCGGGGGAACUGAAGGAUGUUUGGGGUGCUGUGCAAGCCAAGCGAGAUAUUGAGCGUGAAGCGUCCUUUCAGGAGCAAAUCGCCACAGCGGGAACGAGUGAAUCCAACCUAGUCGUUUAUACAGAAUUGGGCCCCGAAACGGCGCCCACGUACAGGAACAAUAGCCACGAGGAGGCUGAAGAGGCCUCGUCACAAAGUGCAAUUACCAAAACAACCACAAAGGCAAAAUCCCCAGUGGAGGAAGCCAAGCCAGAACUGACCACAAGUGCACACAACGACAAUUCACUGCCACAGGAAACGCCGCAGAAUGCCUCAAUAGCAAAGGUGCCGGGAAGUGGAAAGCAGGAGAAGAAGCUGACAGGAUUCCUGCCCAAUGGCUGUCACAAUUUCUUCAGCAAGAAGAAAGAUAAGGGUGGAGUGGCCAAAGAGGCCAAAGACAAGUCUAAAAAUCGUGCCAGUAUUAAGAAAUCGGGGAAGGAGAUUGCUGAGGGAACUAAGAGUCUGGAAUCCGAGAUGACAUCUCUGGAUCUCAGUGGACUCAGUGGGCAGGAGAGAGAGGGAGUUGUCAUCAAGGAUGAUACCUUCACGGACAUUGCACAAUCUGUUAAAACAGCCACGACGGCCAAAUGAGACUCUUUUCCGGGCUCCUUACACCCCUGGCACUUCCGGAUGACAAAUAUCUCCACACGAGGUGAUGGCACGUGUUUCUCAACACUUUUCUCCACUUCUUUAAUUGCUCCUACAAUCUCUCAAUGUGUACCUCUACACAAGACUUCGUUUUAAAUGCUCUAAAAAAGCUAAUUCCACAAAUAUUUCGAAUUUUUGCAUUGAGAAUCUUUAAUUCCGGGAAGAAUUUAACACAAAAAUUUAGACUUUCGUGUCAGCUAGGAUACCUGUUGGGAAUUUAUCGUGUGAAUUUCUCAGAACAGUCGUAACACAUCAUUUUGAAGAGGAAAUAUACUGAGAGAAAUCCGAAAAACUUAAAAUAACAUUCCGGAAAUGUUAAUUUUACCCUGCAUUAUUGAUCUGAAAUCGGUGUAAAUAUUAUGCUUUUUAGGUGUAUUAUGGUUUAAAGUUACCCUUUUUCACGUUAAUUUUACACUUCAAAAGGUGUAAAAUUAACAUGAAAAAAUGUUGAUAUAUUUUUACACCUAAAAAGUGUUAAAGUUCUGAGGAAAAAAAGUUAAUCGCACCCCCGUUUUUUCUCAGUGUAUACGCUCCGUAUGAUAUUUUUUUUGCAAGAAUUUUUGGACAAAAUGGCAAGCUUUCAUUCUGAAAAUUCGAGUAUUUGUUAAACUUUUCUCACAGUCAUCUAAAAUUAAAGAGAAUGAAAAAAUUACAACACUCAGAAAAAAAGAGGGUGCGAUUAACAUUUUUUCCUCAUAAAUUUAACACUUUUUAGGUGUAAAAAUAUAUCAACAUUUUUUAAUGUUAAUUUUACACUUUUUUAAGGAUAAAAUUAACAUAAAAAGGGUAACGGUAACCCUCAUUACACCUGAAAGGGGUAAUAUUUACACCGACUUUGGAUCAAUACUGCAAGGUAAAAUUAAUAUUUCCGGAAUGUUAUUUUAACUUUUUCGGAUUUCUCUCAGUGAAGGAACUUAAUUGUAAUAAAACCCUUACGAAAUUAAAAUCCAGACAACUGUUUAGAAAAAUCAGCCAAAUCUUAGUUAUUGUGUUAAAUUCUUCCUAAAAGACACAAGAAAAAUCUUCUUAUUUGUGUCCUUAUCGAAUGUUAUUAUAUUUAAAAAAAGAAACAUUUUUAAGCACUGAAUAUUUAAAAACAAAUUUAAAAUGUAAUUUGCCAUUUGAGAAUGAGAUUUAAAAGGAACCCCCAUGAGGUUUAAAUUUGAGCCUGAAAUGCUACGGAAAAAAAAAGAAGAGAUUAAGACACUUUCUGCUAGUGAAAAUAUUUCAUGUUAAACAAAAAUAAACACUUUUGUACGGGAUAUAGAUUACACAAAAGAGCUGAAACGACAGGAAAAUGAAUGAGAAAAUUUAAUUAUAAUCCUAUUUUUCACACAAUUCUCUCACUGUCCUUCGAGACACACUUUCCGUGAAAUUUAUUCCCUGACGCAAGAAAGUUUUGCCAUAAUUUUUCCAGCAUUUCACACUUAAUAUCAAGAGUGGAAAUUUUUUCCAAUCAAUUAUAGAGUAUUUUAAUUGUAUUCUCUCUCUGUAAGUUUCAUUUUUUUUAUUACAAAGUGUGUGAAACUUUUUUUAUUUGUUCAAUGUUUUAGAAUUAUUUGAAAACGACUAGUGAAGCGAUGUUCAAGAGCGCAAAUUGUAGAACAAGCUCUAGGCAUAAAUUCUUAAUGUAUUCUGCAUUUUUAUAUAUAAAUUAAUAUACAUACAUUUUUUUAAGUCAACAAA